AUGGAGGCCAAAAAUGCAGAGGAGAAAGCUAAGAAGGCCAAAAUGGAGGUCACAGUCAAGGACCUGCAGCACCGCCUGGAUGAGGCUGAGAAUAUGGCCAUGAAGGGAGGCAAGAAGCAGCUCCAGAAACUGUAGACCAGGCUGAGUCAACAGCUAUUGUGUUUUGAUAUGCAAAUGCAGGCUCUUAAAUUGAUUGUAUCCAGAGGAAGUGCAGACUGAGUGCAGUGGGAGGAACAUCUCUAGGCUAUAGCAUCUGCACAUCUGAAUUUCAAAUAGACAUUUCAAAAGAAGUGCAUAUUAAUUAAAAUAACAUAUUGGAAAGAGUGAGAUUCCAACCUUUGGACCCCCUGGGGUUGCAGGUGCGAGGGUUGAAGGGAGAAUUGGAGGCUGAGCAGAGGAGGGGAGAUGAUGCCAUCAAAGGAGUCAGGAAAUUUGAGAGGAGAGUCAAGGAACUCUCCUACCAGGUAGAGGAUGAAUGUUUACUGAAUUAAUAUAACCACUACUACUACUACUACUACUACUAUGACUACUACUACUACUACUACUACUACUACUUACUACUACCGACUACUACGACUCCUACUACUAUGACUACUACUAUACUACUACUACUACUACUACUACUACUCUACUACCCGACUACUAAUACUACUCUACUACUACUACCACUACGACUACUACUACUAUGAAUACUAAUACUACUACUCCUCCUACUACUCGACUACUACGACAUACUACUACUAUGACUACUAAUACUACUACUACCUACUCUAAUACUAGACCUAACUACUACUACUACUACUACUUACUACUAAUACUACUACGACUACUACUACUACGACUACCUACUACUUAUGACUACUACUAAUACUACUACUACUACUACUACUACUUACUUACUACUACUAGGACUCUACUACUACGGACUACUUACUACUACUAUUGACUACUACUACUACCUAUGACUACUACCUACUACGACUAUUACUACUACUUACUGGACUACUACUACUACUUACUACUACUAGGACUACUACUAUGACGACUACUACUACUACUACUAUGACUACUACUACUACUACUACUACUAUUACAGUACCUCUAACAGUAGUUUAAUAAUGAUAAUGAUGAUGAUGAUGCUGUGGGUAUCCUGCGGAGGAUGAAGACAACAUGCUAAUAAGAACAUUUUCACAUCUUCUUGGCGGAGGAGGACAACAGGAAUGUGGACAAGCUGCAGCUGAAAGUAAAGGCCUACAAACGCCAGACCGAGGAAGCAUUUUCUCUGUCAUCUCUAACCCAACUCUAAAUGGCUGCAUAUUAUGUAAACAUGAUGUGAACCAUGUUAACACUGAACCUCUCCACAGGAGAAGCAGGCUAACACCCACCUGACUAAGUGCAGGAAGGUGCAACAUGAUCUGGAGGAGGCAUCUGAGAGGGCUGACAUCGCUGAGUCCCAGGUCAACGAGAUGAUAGCCAAGAGCAGAGAUACAUGGGCUCAA